AUGGUGGAGAUAAAGAUCAAGAAGAUUUAUCCGGUGUACAGCUGGAAAUGGGACAUAGAGAGCGACAUAUGCGGAAUAUGCCAACAGGGCUUCGACCAGAUGUGCACAAAAUGUAAGCACCCGAUGGAGUGCAAGCCCUGUGUGGGCAAGUGUAAACACACGUUUCAUUCCCACUGCAUAGCACUGUGGCUGCAGCAAAGGAAGGUUUGCCCCAUGUGCCGUGUAUUCUGGGUUUGCCACAGGGCUUUCGAGUAG